AUGUCAUGGAAGUUUUGUUGGAUCGGCUUAAUAACACUGGUGACUUCAAGCUGUUUAGUAGAUACUUUUACAAAGUUUACCAACAUCGACUGCAAAGCGUUCGACAAACCAUUCGCCGAUUUCAAGAAUUGUCGCCUGUAUGUGCCAAAACGUGGAGAGAUCGCAUUAUCCUUGUAUGUCCGCCUCUUCCAGAUACCAGUUAAUAAUGUCAGUAUAAAUCUCUCAUUUUUCAAGAAAGCCAGUGGUUAUCGCCCCUUUUUGUACAAUGUUACCGCCGAUUUUUGUGCUUUUAUGGCGAACAAGAAACGCUAUCCUUUUCUAAAUAUAUUCUUUGACAUCAUCCUGAAGGACUCGAACAUUAAUCAUACCUGUCCCUACAACCAUGACAUAAUCGUCAAAAAUCUGGUUUUACGGGACGAUAUGUUCGGACGAAUACCGGUACCAGCAGGCGAAUACAUGUUUAAACUAAUGGUGGCCGCCUACAAUGAAUGGAAGGCUGAUGUGAAGGCCUACUUCUCAAUAAGACUAAAUAAAAAAGAACGUUAA